CCGAAGGGUCCCGCCGCCGGCGGCGGCGGCGGCGGCGGAGGGACCGGGGCUGGUUUUUAUCCCGGGGUGGCGGCGGGAGGGGUGUUCGGAGAUGCGGCGCUGCCCGCUUGGCGGCAGGUUCUCGACCGCGUGAAGGACCUCUCGAGGUGUGGGAUGUGGGGUGCGGGGUGGGGUGGACAGUUUUGCUGUUUUGGGCGCUUGCAGUGAGGGCCGCCAUGGCACUCUCAGUCAGGGUCCCCAUGUCCGCCUUCGUCGUGAUUCGUUCUCGAUAUUUUUUUUUACGCCCACAACACGCCUUCUCGAGGGUUGUUGUGUCUUCCUCGGCGAACCACCCUACCGCAUGUUUUUUUUUUUUUGCGCAUCGUACGUGCAACGGCGUGGUCGUAUCCUCUCUCUCUCCCCACGAUGUUCUCUUUGUAUCUCCUCUUGGACACCGAGCCAGGCGGUUGCGAUGGGCGGAGAGGGCGGCGCAGAAGGCGGCGGACGGAAGGAUCCACGUGGGUCAGAGUACCGCCGGGCAGGCGCGCGUGCCGCUGGGGGAGGAGGCGCGGUGGCGGCCAGGGCCGCGGAAGCCGCGGCGGCAGCUGCGGCGGAGGCGGCAGCAGCGGCAGCAUCGGUGGCGUCCGAUGAGGGGAGCGCGGUACCCGAGAUCCGCGAGAUGUAUCACCUGGAUGCGCCGUCUCUGCGGCAGUUCGAAGAGGCGGCGGCGGCGGCGACCCGUGCGCUGGAGGCUCUCUUGGUCGGCGUAACCGGGGGUGACGGUGGUGAUGGCUGCGGCGGCGGCGGUGGCCGCGCACCAGCGGCGUGCGCCUCGGCGGGUAGGCUGCCGCUUCCCGCGACCGUGGGAGUUGGGUCGCUGCUGCUACCGGUUGCGAGGGGAGGGUGCUCGGGGGGGGAGGCGGGAACGGUGAAGGCUAUCGCGGAAGUACGGGAUACGUUUUCGGGUCUCGUGGUUGCCGCUGCGGCGCUGGGAGUGGCGGUGCCGUGCUCCCCGGAGGGUGCAGGCGCCGCGUCCGACAGCUCCAGCGCCCCCUGCCUGCGCCUCCUCCGAGGCGUCAAGCCCGCGGGGGGCACCGAAGGCGCUCGGCGCCUGGAGGCCCUCGCGCGAAGGCUGGGGAACGAGCGUGCGGCCCUGGAGAGGGCGGCGGCGGAAGCGGCGGCGGAAGCACGGGAGUGGCGCGCGGCGGCCGGGCGGCAGGCAUCGGCUGUGCUGUCGUUGGGACAGGGCCUGCGUGCCGCCUGGGAUGCUUACGUCCGCCAAGCCUCUUCGAUGUCGAGGGUCCUGUCGGCGGUCCUGACAGCCUCCAAGAACCUUCUCGCCUCUCCGGAAUCGGCUCCCAUAUCCCGGGGAGCCGCGGGCCCGCUGGCUGCGGCGCUGCUGCAGACAUUGGCUCUUCUCCAGCCCGAGCUGGAAGGCGCGGCGGCCGGAGCGACAAACACAGCCCACAAGGCCGAGAAGAAGGUGUCACGCCUCUGGUGGGAGUUCCAAGAGGCUUGUUUCGGUUGCGGAACUGUCGGGGUCCCCGACGGGGGGGGUCCGGAAGGAGGGUUGGAGUUGGAUGACGCUGGUGGUAGUGCCCGGGGGGUGCGCGGCUUCGCGGAGCGGGAGGAGGAGUUGCUGCGAGUUCCCGUGACCCGUCGAGCCGGCGGCGGCGGCGGCGGCGGCGGGGGUGGCGGGCGUCGCCGCCGCGUUGGUGGCGGCAUUGUGGCGAAAGGGUCGGCUACGGCGGCGGUGACAAGCGAGGGCGGGAAGGAGGGCGAAGUGCAGCACGGUGGUGAUGGAGACGCGGCCGUAGGGAGCGUUGAGACGGGGAGAGCGCCCUGGGUGGACUGA